AUACGAGACUGUGGCCUGUUCCCAUGGAAACGACAGGGAAACGUGGGAAGUCCCUCUUCUACCCCAAGUCCAGGGUUAAGGCCUCCCACGCCAGAAGGUUCUCGUACCGCCCCUGCCACGCCAGUAAGAGAACACUUGUCAGGUGGACAGGACACAACCCAGUAUCGACGAUCUCCAGGCCUGUCCAAGUCAGUCCGACACGCCAAGCUCUCCAAUACGCCUCUCGAUGACCAGGUCACCAGCAGAUCUGACUGGGACAUUAGAAGGGCAUGGUCACAUGCUAGCUCCGACAAGGAACCAUUGGGAUCAUCAAGUUACCUGCCAUCACGAGCGACUCAACCCCUUCUCACCCAUCCCAGACUUACUGAUGACAAAGAUUUCUCACAAUCACAACGCAAUAUCUCAGGGAGUGCAUCAGAAAGUGUUCUUCAGAAGUUCCGUAAGAGUUUUGCUCUGAAGUUCCACAAAAAGAGUGGAAGCAAGGAAGGGAGUGAAGGUGGGGAAGAUGUGAUGGAUGAACAGCCUCUUGGUGAAGAGGAGACAGCGAGGCUGCAGGGCACCGAGUCACCUCCUCCUCCACCGCCACCCCAACCAGGCAAAGAAGAUGUAGGAGCCUCAGACUCGAAGUUCAAGUUUGGUCCUUUGGUUUGGAGAUCCAGCAAAGAGCGUAAGAAGGGGAAGAAAGCUGCAAGAAAUGCCAAAUGCAAUAGUGGUGACAGUGGCAUACAAAUAGAGAUGGCUUCAGGAUCAACUCAUAUUGCUGGUGGUGAUAGCUCUGAAUCUCAUGAUACAGAUCAUCAAGUGGAUGAUGAACCACUGGAUGAAAUGGACAGUCCUCCUGCUGUGAGGAGGAGAGUUACGACAGACAAGACGUCACGACCGCAAUCUGAAGUCAUCAACCAAAUAUUAAUUGAGAAAUUUAAGGCUGAUCUACAGACCCGUGUUCAGAAUCGUCAUCAGCAUGUAAGGCGAACACAUUCCGAUCUUGGUGGCCAGAGGCUUUUUAAUUGGGACGUGCGCAACAGCUAUCGACGCAUGUUCUCUACUCCUUCACCUAUCAAGAUGCGUCCUCCACGCACUAGUCCACCACGUUCUACUAAUACUGAUACAGUUACUCUAAGAAGCUCUAAACGACGAACGAGGCGUCCUCAGUUACGAAGAUCCAUCAGUCAGCCACUUGGACUAAAUGAGCUGUCGCCUCUGAUGCGUCGGAAACCAGGUGGUGGUAUGCCGGCGAACACAGUACUCAGUGAAGAUGAACACGAUGGUCGAGGUGGUACAGGCACAUCUGAUGAUGACAUGAUGUCAGAUUCAGAGUCAUCCAUUACCUCACUCACUGAUAGAAAGAAGUCAUUUGAACAGGCAAUGGAUGAGGAUGUCACAAUUCUGGCAGAAGCAGUGUGGGACCAUGUUGCCAUGGAGCCUGAGGAGCUGGCAUUCCGUGCUGGAGAUGUCAUUGAGGUGCUCGAUACAAUGGACCGAGAUUGGUGGUGGGGUUCAAGAUGUGAAGAGAGUGGCUGGUUUCCUGCAGCAUUUGUUAGGUUGCGGGUAAGUCAGGAAGACACAGUAGAAGACUGUUUGGCUGCUAUGGCCUCAGGCUCAACUCCAAACUCUCAGAUAAGACGACGAACUAGCGUGUCUCUUCUAAGUAAUGAUCAGGUGCGCUCCAGUGUGGUGCGUGAACUCAUCAACACAGAACGUGACUUUGUAAAGAUUCUUCGUGAUGUUGCUGAGGGUUACUUGGCUGAAUGUCGGAGACGGACAGACAUGUUCUCGUCUCAGCAGAUUGAUACAAUUUUUGGCAACUUAGAAGAACUUCUACAAUUUCAGUCCACAUUCCUGCAGGAUUUGGAGAGUUGUGUUGAGUGGGAUGCACCACAUCGGAGUUGUAUAGGAGAAUGCUUCCUUACUCAUCGAGCUGGUUUUAGGAUUUAUUCAGAGUACUGCAACAGUCAUCCAAUGGGAACUGCAACUCUACAAGAAUUGUAUCAGCACAACAGUUACAGUAAAUUCUUUGAGGCUUGCCGCCUCAUGCGUGGGCUUAUUGAGAUUCCUCUUGAUGGCUACCUGCUCACACCAGUCCAGCGCAUCUGCAAGUAUCCUCUUCAGCUGGCUGAGCUGCUCAAGUACACAAAGGCUGACCACGCAGACUAUGACAAAAUCCGAGAGGCACUAGAUGCGAUGCGCAAUGUUGCUGUUCUCAUUAAUGAACGGAAACGAAGAAUGGAGAGCCUAGAAAAGCUGGCUGCCUGGCAGCAGAGGGUGGAAGCCUGGGAGGGUGAAGACUUAAUUGAAAAUAGUUCACAGUUGAUUCAUCAAGGAGAGGUUGUUAGGGUGACAACUGGCAUGUGGACCAAUAACAUCACACUUUUCCUCUUCGACCACCAACUAGUUUACUGUAAGAAGGACAUUCUGAAGAGGAACACCUAUGUAUAUAAAGGACGGAUACAUUUAGACACAAGCAAAGUCAUUGAUGUUGCAGAUGGAAAAGAUAGAGUAGGGUGCUGUGAAGCUAUGGUCAAGUGGAGAAGGUAGGUUUACAAAUAAGGAGACAAGGAGGCAGACAGAGAUAAAGAGAGACAUAAAUGUAACAUAGACGGGGUAUAUGCAGAUAAUGAAGAGCUGGGGUAGCUCAGUCAGUA